AUGACGGUGCGGGGACACUACACACACGACAAUGUACGACAAGAAUACACCAGGUUCAAGGAAAUCGCGGACGUACUUGACGGCAAAAAGAACAAGGGGUACAAGGGGCCUCUACCCAUUCGGGGUAGCUACACCAGCAUGCUGCUUCGCCAUGCACGGGAUGACCCAAAGGCGUUCAACGACUACUUCGUCACCAAGAAGCCGAAGAAGACCAAGGCGAAGACCCUCAGGGGCAUAAGAAACGCGAUCCUCUCCACGAGCCUACGGGCCUGCUUCUUCCCUCUAGUAAUCGACGACACCUUCAAUGGAGGUCGCCUCGUUGAAUUCUCGCGACACAGCGUGAGAAACACGAGAUUGACACUAUCGACGGCCGAGGCAGCACACGAGAAAGAGACAAGACCCAUUUGGGGUAAGCAGAAGGGGGGUAAGGACAGAGAGCGGUGGUCCGACAAACUCCGCACCUGGGCCCUGCCAGAAGUCUUCAAAGCACGCAUGAAGGUCGUUCAUCCCAAGUGUGGUCGCUGA